AUGACGCAGGGUCCCGGCGGGCGCGCGCCCCCGGCGCCCCCCGCGGCCCCGGAGCCCGAGGCGCCCACCACCUUCUGCGCGCUGCUGCCGCGCAUGCCGCAGUGGAAGUUCGCCGCGCCGGCCGGCUUCCUGGGCCGCGGCCCGGCGGCGGCGGCGCGGGCGGCGGGGGGCGCGGGCGCGGCCGGGGGCGCGGAUCCCCAGGCGGAGCCCGCCGGCCCGGCCGGGGUCCCCGCGCUGGCGGCCGCGGUGCUGGGCGCCUGCGAGCCGCGCUGCGCCGCGCCCUGCCCGCUGCCCACACUCAGCCGCUGCCGGGCCGCGGGGGCGCGGGGGGCGCGGGGCGCGCGGGGGACGGCGGCUGGGGCCCCGGACGCGGCCGCCGCCGACGAGUGGAUCCGCAAAGGAAGCUUCAUCCACAAGCCGGCGCACGGCUGGCUGCACCCGGACGCCAGGGUCCUGGGCCCCGGGGUCUCCUACAUCGUGCGGUACAUGGGCUGCAUCGAGGUGCUACGCUCCAUGCGAUCCCUGGACUUCAACACUCGCACCCAGGUCACCAGGGAGGCCAUCAACCGACUCCAUGAGGCUGUGCCCGGAGUUCGCGGCUCCUGGAAGAAGAAGGCCCCCAACAAGGCGCUGGCCUCCAUCCUGGGCAAGAGCAACCUGCGCUUCGCCGGCAUGAGCAUUGCCAUCAGCAUCUCUACCGAUGGCCUCAACCUCUCCGUGCCUGCCACUCGCCAGAUCAUCGCCAACCACCACAUGCAGUCCAUCUCCUUCGCGUCGGGUGGCGACACGGACAUGACAGAUUACGUGGCCUAUGUCGCCAAGGACCCCAUCAACCAGAGAGCCUGCCACAUCCUGGAGUGCUGCGAGGGCCUCGCCCAGAGCGUCAUCAGCACUGUGGGCCAAGCCUUCGAGCUGCGCUUCAAACAGUACCUGCACAGCCCCCCCAAGGUGGUCGUCCCCCCUGAAAGGCUGACCGGGAUGGAGGAGUCGGCCUGGGGGGACGAGGAGGACAUGGAACACAAUUACUACAACAGCAUCCCAGGGAAGGAGCCGCCCCUGGGUGGGCUGGUGGACUCCAGGCUCACCCUGACACAGCCCUGUGCCCUCGGGGCCCUGGGAGCUCUCAGCCAGGGAGCAUCUCCUCCUCGAAGGGACACCCACGGUCUGCACUGGGAGCCAGGCCCCUCAGCUCCGCCAGGAGAUGGCUACGUGCAGGCAGAUGCCCAGGGGCCCCGAGACUAUGAGGACCACCUGUAUGUCAACACGCAGGGGCUGGACGCCUCAGAGCCUCCACAGCCCGAGGACAGCCCCAAGAAGGACCUGUUUGACAUGCGACCCUUCGAGGACGCGCUGAAGCUGCACGAGUGCUCCGUGGCCGCGGGCGCGGCAGCCGCCCUUCCCGUGGAGGACCAGUGGCCCAGCCCCCCGACCCGCAGGGCCCCCAUCGCCCCCACGGAGGAGCAGCUGCGGCAGGAGCCCUGGUACCACGGCCAGAUGAGCCGUCGGGCGGCGGAGAAACUGCUGCGAGCCGACGGCGACUUCCUGGUGCGGGACAGCGUCACCAACCCCGGGCAGUACGUGCUCACCGGCAUGCACGCCGGGCAGCCCAAGCACCUGCUCCUGGUGGACCCCGAGGGCGUGGUUCGGACGAAGGACGUGCUGUUUGAGAGCAUCAGCCACCUGAUCGACUAUCACCUGCAGAAUGGGCAGCCCAUCGUGGCGGCUGAGAGCGAGUUGCACCUGCGAGGUGUGGUCAAGCGGGAGCCCUGA